GGCUGAAGAGGAUCAGUUUUUCAGUUCAAUUGGUGCAGUGUUCAAUACUAUACACUCAAAACUCAAGGAAUAAACAUGUCUCUCGAACGUCAAGUCCGUGCCAAGUUGGCCUCCAAACGCGAUUUAACCCAGGACAAGGAAGCCCAAGAAUGGAUCGAGACCAUCCUUGGAGCCAAGUUCCCACCAGGUGAAGCCUACGAAGAUGUCAUCCGUGACGGCACCGUCCUCUGCCAGCUGAUGAACAAGCUCGCCCCCGGCUCCGUCGCCAAGAUCAACACCUCCGGUGGACAAUUCAAGAUGAUGGAGAACAUCAACAACUUCCAGGCCGCUCUUAAAGCGUACGGCUGCAACGACGUGGAUGUUUUCCAGACCGUCGAUCUGUGGGAGAAGAAGGACAUCGCUCAGGUGACCAACACCAUCUUCGCCCUGGGCAGGCAGACGUACAAGCACGCCGAAUGGAAGGGACCCUACUUGGGACCGAAACCAUCCGACGAGAACAAACGCGACUUCACCGAGGAACAGUUGAAGGCCGGACAGACCAUGAUCGGUCUUCAAGCCGGAUCCAACAAGGGCGCCACCCAAGCCGGUCAAAACAUGGGAGCUUCCCGCAAAAUCCUCAUGGGAAAGUAAAUCCAACUUAACAAAAAUUAAAAAACUAAAAAAAUUAAAACAUACACACACAUAACAAAACACAAAAAAAAA